AUGUUAAAACAAAUAAUAUCCGAGAAAGCUAUCCACAUUACUUGGCUCAGCGUAGCUAUAACUUUUUGUUGGCCAAUUUCUCUCAACAGUAGUAAAACUCAAGUGUUUAUUUUCAAAGUUUUACAGAUAAUUAGUAUUAUUAAUGUUUCUAUGUUACUUCUGCCGUUGUUAUAUUCGGUUUAUCUGCAUUUCGAUGAUAUUAUCAUUAUCUCUAAAUCUAUUUCUUUGUCAGUAGGCUUGAUUCAAGUAAUCGCACAGACUGUUAUAUGCUUUGUCAAAUACGAUUAUCUGCAACAUGUAGUCGAAGAAAUGAUAAUUUAUGUCAAAGAAGCACAACAAUAUGAAAAGAAAAUUUUCCACAAAUAUAUAGAGAAGUGCCACACAUUUUACGGAUAUUCUAUAGCAUGUAUAUAUCUGACUGCAACCGCUUUCAUAAUAGGACCUGUAUUGUCGCCAGUCUCUUUCCCAGCAGAUGCAGAAUAUCCGUUUCAAGUUAAUUAUAUACCAGUGAAGAUUAUCAUAUAUUUGCAACAGAGUUUAGUUGCUUUUCAAUGCGCUGGACAUGCAUGCUUGAGCAUAUUUGGCGCGCUUUUGCUCUGGUUCGCUUCCGCAAGAUUUGAAUGUUUGGCCGUGGAAUUGCAAAAAACCACAGAUAUUGGUAUGCUGAUUGUUUGCGUUAAGAAACAAUUACAUAUAAGAAGAUACGCAAAAAGAGUGGUAAUUAGUUUUCGCUUUAUAAUACUCUGUGCUAUGGGAGUAAGUAUAUUUUCUCUGACUCUAGGUGGUAUUAUAAUGAUAACAAAGGCACCAUUUAUUGUGAAAGUACAGUUCAUAACUUUGAUUUUGACUCUACUCACAGAAAUUUAUAUGUAUGCCUGGCCUGCUGAUCAUAUGAAGGAUAUGAGUAUAAAUUUUUCAAAAAGUGUAUAUAAUAUAACAUGGUAUGAACAGACAUUGAAAAUGCAAAAAGAUCUAUUAAACGUAUUGAUAUAUCAGCAGCCGAUAAUUCUUUCUAUUAGUUGUAUAUUGCCAGAGCUUUCAUUACGUUAUUAUUGUUCGUACCUGUCCAAUGCUUUCUCUAUCUUCACAGCUAUACGUGUUAUCAUAGAAAAUAAUCCAUCAUAA